UCGUGUGCCGCGGCGACGCUCUUCUGGAUACGGACUCGUUAGGAGUCGCUUAUUUGUCUUCGGCCGUAGUAUGGGUUCAUUAUGGACUUUUUACGUUCAGUUUCUUUUUUUGCGAGAGGUUACCUUACAUUUUCUAUGGGCUCUUUGUAAUGUUAAUAAUAUUAGACAGGACAAAGUAGCCCUAGCGCGCUACAUGAACUGUAUCUUUCCGUACCCAGCAUCAUCUCACCUGUGCGCGUGCGCAGUGUAACUGGUCUGUUACUGAACAGCGUAGGAAGGCAGCAUGUGGAAUCGCAGCGGCAGCGGCAGCAGGGCGAAGAGUUCAGCGCUCGAAAGAGCCAUGGCACACCUGCAGAGACAGAGGGGUCCCACUCGAACCGACCGGCUUGUUGUCCAGAUGCCUGCUGCUGCUGCUGCUGAACUACAGGAACAUUUGGGUUCCCUGACUAAGAUGACACAUACUAGGAUAUCGGAAGCCGCCCGGUCCCGCCUCUUCCGGAACUUGGGUGACAUCUCCUCCGACGAAAGCGCACCCGAACAGCAGCUCGUAGACGCCGGGCGAGGCGGUCGGGAAGACCCAGCGGCAGCAGGAGGCACGAGGAGCCCCGUGGUGAGUAGGUUCCUCAAAAAGGCAUCCUUCCCUCAACUGACUUCCAGUAACCCGUCGCUUGAGAUGAUCGAGACAACCGAAGGAAGGUCUGCUGGGACGGGCUUGGGCCAGCACCGCUCGCAGAGCCUGGCCCUAAGCAGGCUGGCGCUUGUCGAGGAUCGCAUUAGGAGCCGCAGACAGGCAACAAGUGGCUCCGGUGCAGGAGCGGACCCACCCCCACCGGCGGCUGCUGAGAGUAGUGCCGAGUCCUCUCGGUCCGGCGUUGAGCCCAGCGUGAAAGGGAGCCGCUUCCUGAAGAAGAGGGACGGGCCAGCGAUCUUGCGGAAAGACCCGAAUGUCACAGCCGCUUCCAGUUGUACUGCACCACAACCCAAGUUUGUGAGUAAAGGAGUGAAUCUUGACAGCGAUGAGGAGGAUAUGAAGAAACUCCUGGGGAACUACGUUCAUUCCGAUGAGAUUCUGUUAGAUGAGGGCAGGCCCGUGCCUCAAGACACCUCAGUUCCUUCGCAACAGUUCAGCAAAAUAACCUCAAUCAAAGGCAAAUCCCAGUCUCCCUCAGACUCAAGUUAUGGUUCAGAGGAACCGUCUGACAAAGUAAAUUUUCAGGGAAGCUCAUCGUACUCAGUGGAAUCUGCCUCAGUGGUUGGCUCCCUUUCCUCAUCGCCAUCCAAUAUCACCACAACUGGAAAGACUUUGUCCUCAAGCCCCCAGCUUUUGAGGCCUUCCCAGUCAUCAGUUGGGGCGCCCAGUGAUGUCAGAUCAUUGGAUGAGCUCUUUGUGGAUGGUCCACCUUCCACCGAUUCCACCUGUGAGAAGAGUAUACUGUCAGAUGAGUUCAAGAUUAAUGUCAUGACCUUGGAUGACUUAGCCCCUGAUGUUUCUGGAACAUCUCAGACAUCUAAAAAAGAGGCCAAAACCACCGUGAAUGCAUUCGAAGAGACUAAGUCAUCCUCACACAGCCCAAAAGGAGUGGAUGCCAACGAAGAAGUGACUGAAGGGGAGCUGGAGCCAGCAGAAGCUGAUUAUGAGAGUGAUUUUGAAAGCGAAAUCAAGACUGAGACGGAGCAGAACGUCAGUGACACAUCUGAGCUCCGUGGAGCUCGGAGCAGGGACAGGACCGCCAGUAGUGAAGGCCAGGAUUCUGUUUCUGAAAGACUGCAGCAGCAUGACCUUUCUAGUCAAUCAGAGAGGGAAGGAGAAGCUCCAAGAUCUGAACUGAACUUGAUCCAGUCAGGAGCAAAUAAAUAUUCUGAGUCACGGAGUAGUUGUAGCAGGGGUUCAUAUUCGAGAAUUGCAUCUGAAGCCAUCACUCCACUCCAAAGAGAAUGCACCCCAUCAGAAAGCAGAAAUGUGAGAGACACUGCUACUCAGACACAAGCAGAUGGGCUGUCCUACACCUGCUCUACUGGUAUGGCUACUUUGGGUCCUUUGGGAGGAAUAUCCUACACUGAUCCUACUCCUGUAGCAAGUGGUAUUGUCUGUACUGAGGCACUAGAAGCCUUCACAGCCUACAACCCAGCAGUGCUUGUGCUCAAUGACAUGCUGAGGCAACAGCUGGCUCUGACCAGGCAGUUUGUGGAAACCAGUAGACACCUUCACAAUUCAGUCCUGGAGUCAUUGGGACCUGCAAACUACCAUUACGCAACCCUACGGGACACCAAGGAGUUCAUUAAAAGUCACAAGCCUCCCAGGCUGACAAUGGAGGAAGCACUUGAGGAGGUACUGCAGGAGAUGCGGGAGUAUCACUAUAUAUGAUUUGGAAGAUCGGAGGCUGAGAGGGACUGAAGUGACUUGUUUCAGUCCUAGGUUUCACAUUUCAAUCUGUAACUGUGAAUACUAAGUAUUUUGUAAUUUUGGGACAUGAAAUGAAUUGGUGUCAGAGUCGCAGUUUACAUUUGAUUGUUUUCUUUCUAGCUUCAUAUUCAAAAACCAGUGAAUUACAAACCUUCAUUGUAAGUGAAUAUUGUGGAAUAACAAUUUGCAGUAAUAUAGAUUACAAAUUCUGUACCUUUCACGUUUAAAAAUGUUUAACAAGAAAGGAUUGAACAUGGAUGUACAUAAGUUUUCUUUUCAUUGCCAGGGUAUUUCAUCAAUAGCAUUGCUCUUUCUUACGUAAUGCGUUUUAGAUAAACAUUUGGGUAUUUUUGGAGUUUGCAGCUCUUUUACAGUAUAUUUUAAUGUAUUUAGGAAGUAUUGUAUGUCUCUAUAACAACGAUAAAUUUUUACCAACUCAGGAAACCCACCUAUUAUUUGACCAAUGGUUUGCAUGUUGUGUACGUUUUUCACAAGGGUGUCUGGUCAUGGUGUGCCUGUGUCCCCUCAUUUUAUACUGCUGCUGCUUCCAACAGUACUUGCUUUGUAAUGCUUACUUCCUGUUGUCCUGUGAGGGAUUCACUGCGUGAAGGUCAGCCAUAUGGACUUUUCCACAACUGUGUACCCAGUGAACAACGAGAUCUAAGACAGCUGGUUCCAAAUGAGAAUAGCUGCCACCACAAGACAGUCAACAGCUAUAAAAUCGACAUGGUAAAAUGAGCCAGACAUGGAUUCAGUGGCUGUAGUCUUUCUUUCCUUCAUGUGAGACAAAGCUACCUAUAGUUUAAGGUCAACUAGCAGUUAUGAUAACCUAGUGAUGCCUUUAUUCCUCAUUUGACUGUUCUUUACAUCCCUCACACCUUGAGUCCACUAAGACUGUCUUUGAGAUUCUUAGUCCUCACUUGGUACUGUUUCAGACCCAGAAGAUCCAAAGGAGCCAUAAUUUUCCAUAAGCUGUAGGCUGCCACUCGUGACAGUUGAUUUUAACAGAUGUACUUGAUUAUUUCUUUUACUUCCUGUUCCUGUAGGGGUAGCAGGUAGCAUUGGUACUGUACUGUUUGGGGUAUUGAACUUGGACAUCAGUAAGUAUUCCUCAAAAGAGCACAAAUGUGUCACAUUAGACUGUGAAAUAUACAUAUUAAUUUUUACAGACUAAGGUCACAGCAACAUACAGCUAGAGGUAGUACACAUACAUCAAACUAGGGGUCAGGGUCUAGAGGUUACACAGUAUGUUACAGAUGUGAUCGUGUAGCAUAUUAGUUUUCAAUAGGCUCAUUCCUAGUGGCGAUACUAAUGCACAGCCUUUAUCAGCUACCGUCACCUUUAUGUAGGGAUAUCAAUAGUUAAAUUUGGAUAAUAUGUGAAGUUAGAAAAUAAAAAAAGCCACAUUCAACUUGGUAAAAUGAGGACUAAAGGACCUAUGUGCUUAAAACUCACCACUGUAAGUAGGAUUUUGGAAGAGCAUACUUUUAGCUCACCAAAAGGUGUUUUAUUGUUCAGGAUGGACACAUUUCGAUGGGAAGCCUUCUUCAGCAAUGGUAUGUGAUUAACCCUUUGAAAUAUUGUAACCUUUAGCCCUUGGACUAUGCUUGUAGAUUUAUUUGAGGUUUAUCCAUGUUUCUGUGUCUAUGCUUCUGUGA